GCGUCCCUCUUGAAUUCUAUAUAUACAGCCCCUCUCUUUCACUCCGAUUGUCUCCACCAUCUACUUCUGCAUUCCCAUCGCUUUAACUGCUUCACACCAUUCUCAUUCUCUCUCUCUCUCUCUCUCUGCAACUUUUUCGACUGUCAAGAAAUAUGAAAGUGGAAGAACUCCAAUUCGAAUUCAAUCAUCACCUCCACCACCAGCAGCGGCGGAGUAAAGAGAAGACCCAAUUGGGUGUUGCCGAACUCUCGUCGCCUAUCUUCUCUGCCGACGAUAGUGGCUGUUUUGAGGAGGUCAAUGACGGCGAAGCCGAAGAUUGUUUCGUCCAGCCCAUCAAUUUCGCGAUGGUAGAUAACGGCAUUUUCCGGUCCGGCUUCCCUCGCCCUGCCAACUUCUCCUUCCUCAAAUCCCUCGGUCUCCGCUCCAUCGUAUAUCUCUGUCCCGAGCCGUAUCCGGAGGAAAGCUUGGACUUCUUGAAGUCAAAUGGGAUCAAGCUUCAUCAAUUUGGGAUUGACGGUCGAAAGGAGCCUUUUGUAACCAUCCCAGAGGACACAAUAUGUCAAGCACUAAGAGUUGUCCUCGAUGAGAAGAACCACCCAGUUUUAAUUCACUGUAAACGGGGCAAGCACCGAACGGGUUGUGUGGUUGGCUGCUUCAGAAAGUUACAAAAAUGGUGCCUGUCAUCAGUGUUUGAUGAGUACCUGCGCUUUGCAGCUGCCAAGGCAAGAGUUUCAGAUAUGAGAUUCGUGGAAUCCUUCGAUACUUCCAGCUUGUUGGCGCAUUUGCCCAUGUCGUUUUCAUUUUCACAGAGGUGAUAUGAACCCAGAAAUUAAACUUGAAUAUAGGGGUUUUGUCUUCAUUUUUCUGUGACAGCAAAACCCAGGUCCUCCUCUGCAAUAAAUUAGCACAAAAUCAUGAGUUCCUUCAAAGCAUUACAGCGGCAAAGGAAUAGUCUUCUGGCAGCAUUUUAGAAUAAGGGGAAAAAAUCCUAGUAGUUUUAGGAUUUCCGGUCUGAAUGUUACAAUGCCCUCAACCCCCCCCCCUUUUUUUUUUCCUUUUCUUUUCUUUUCAUUGAUGUUUUCAAGCCAGCCAAUUCAUGAGAAACAGUGUAGAUAUGUGUUGAUUUUUUUCCCUUCAGACUCGUGAGAAAUUCAACCAACUUCAUAUAAAGCUUUCUAUGUGUCCCUGAAAACUUGGUGGGUUCCAACAUGAUCCUCAAGCAUCUCAUGGCUUGUUUUGAUUUCCUUGAAGCUAAAUUUGUAUUUUUAAUUUUAUAUAUUUAA